CCUGAUCCGCCGCGAGAGUUGACAAUUGAUGUCCAAUCGGGCAAAUCUGUUGAACUCGGAUGGAAGCCACCGAUUAAAGGAGGCGUCAGUGGCUAUAAGUUGUCAAUCGUUCCGCUCUCAGAACAGGACGAGACGGGAGUUCGUAAUCUGGAAGUGGGCGCCAACGAUGCCUUUCCCGUUGCCAUUAGAGAUUUAACACCCGGUGCCUCAUAUGAAGUGCAAUUGAAUUCAGUUCUAAGCAAUAAGAUGUCGAAUGUGUUUCUUUCGGCCAACUUUACGACCAAACCUAACACUCCCGGAAGGUUUAUAGUGUGGUUCCGGAACGAGACAACACUAUUAGUUCUAUGGCAACCUCCAUAUCCGGCCGGCAUUUUCGAUCAGUACAGAGUCAGUAUUGUUCCCGAAGACGCCUCACAAUCAGUGCUUUUUGUCGAAAAAGAGACGGAACCUCCCGGUCCGGCACAGGCGGCCUUCUAUGGCCUCAUUCCCGGCAGAGCUUACAAUAUAUCCGUCCAAACUGUGAGUCACUCUCAAGUGAGUGAUCCAACAGAAGCUCAAUACAGAACAGUUCCGUUACCGCCAACUAAUGUUACAUUUGAUCGAAACACUGUGUCUUCGUAUUCAUUCGAUGUCCACUGGAGUUCUCCAAAGUCUUCCUCAGAGUUUGAUAGAUAUCAAGUGUCGUUAGGCGUUAGAAACUCGUUGCCUAAAAUUGUGUCCAAAGAUGAGCCCCGAAUCGGCCACUUCUCCGAAGACUUGGAUCCCGGAAAGACAUACGAAGUAGUAGUGAAGUCAGUGUCGGGAAACGUGGCCUCUUGGCCCGUAUCCGGCAAUAUCACUACAAGACCUCUGCCUGUUAUGGAUCUGACGUCUACACCGGGAAAGGCAUCGGAUAUACAUUUGGAGUGGAAGGCCAACAAUGAGAGCACUCAGGACUCAUUUAUGGUGACAUAUCACGAACUCGAGGCCUUUAAUUCUGACGGUUCGGUGCAAGUAGUGAAGGACACUCAUCUCCAUUUGGCCAGUCUGUUGGCGGGCCGUAACUAUUCCAUAUCAGUGGUGGCCAUUUCCAAGACGGUGUACAGCGAGAACACUGUCAUCUAUCAGCCGACACGACCGGCCAGUCCUGUGAUCGGUGUCGUGGAACCCAUCUCUGGUCGCAAUCUGAACGUGUCGUGGAAAUGGGACGUCACCUCUAAACAGGACUCAUAUAAGAUUGAAUGGACUCGAAGUGAUACCAAAGAGAAGAAAGACUCAGUUAUUAAGAAUAAUUGGCAUCUUCUCGAAGAUCUGUAUCCCGGAGCCGGUUAUGAGAUCUCUGUAUCGGCUAUAAGUUACGGACUCAUGUCUGACCCGCACUCGUACUUCCAGACAGUACUUCCGCGUUCGCCUCAAAACCUUCAAAUCUCAAAGCAUUCCAACUCAUCGCUCAGUUUAACGUGGAGUUCGCCCAAAGAAUCUCUCGUUGACCACUAUAUCGUCCGCUAUCGACCCUUCGGUCAAAACACUUGGCGUGAAAUAACGCCAAUUAAUACCACGUUUUAUGAAAUUAAAGAUCUGACGGCCGGAGAGAAAUAUGUAGUUAGAGUGGCUUCUGUUAGCAAUAAGGCUGAAAGUCCUGACAUUCGCGAAGUCGAACAAACUCUUUUACCGAAUCCUAUAUUCGAUGUCAAACAUACCAUCGAUUCCCACAACAUAUCGUUUCAAUGGUUUGUUCCAAACGGGAGAAUCGAUUAUUACAACAUUGUGUACAAUACUGUGAAAGAGCCGACUAAACAAGAAUCCAAACAAAUCACUGCCACUAACGACACGGAAAUGAUGACUGUUUUAAUUGAUUCUCUAAAACCCGGAGAACAAUAUUCUUUCCGAUUCUAUGUUAUCAGUCAUAAAGUCAGGAGUGAAGGAAUUGGUCUACAAAUAAGAACAAUGCCAGUAAUUGAUUCGGUAAUCAAUGUUGUGAUCGACGAACACGAGACCAAAGUAUUACGAAUCAAAUACACGCCGACGCCCACCAGGAAUGUGGUGUUUGAUAGAUAUCGUUUCCAAUUGAGCGGAACUAAUAUCGCCGCUCAGGAGAAGAUGUUUAACGACACCAAUAGACUCGUUAUAUUUGAUAAUUUAAUUCCCGGACGACUCUAUAACUUAAGCAUUUGGACAGUGAGUGGCGGCACGUCUUCCAUACCAAUCCAACGACAGGCGCGUCUCUAUCCGGAACCGAUUCGUUCAAUAUCUGCGUUGUCUGUGACCGACAAUCAGAUCACACUGUCGUGGGAAGUGCCUUACGGUGACAAAGAUGGCUAUGAAGUACAGUACUUAGAUCCACAUGAGAAGAGUCUUGUGGUUAACGUGACUUUCUCGGAGAAAAUCGAUUAUUUGAAUCUCAAACCGCAUAAUAAUUACACUUUCGUUGUGACCACUCUUUCGGGUUACGGGACGCCAACAAUGCUCAGGAGUUCUCCCGUUUCGCAAACAUUCCUAACACUGGAAUCAGUUCCGGGAAAAGUGGCGUACUUUCAAUCGGUUGACGUCAAACCAAACGAAGUGACGCUCCAGUGGUCUCUCCCGGCGUCCGAAAUGAAUGGCAUUCUCACGGGCUAUAAGAUUAGCUAUUAUAUUAAAGGAAACCCUGUUAUGAAACACCAGUUAUUCGAGCCGACGGACACUCAGGGAACCAUUUACAACCUCAUUCCCGGCAAGUUAUAUGUGUUUCAAAUCCAAGCGCACACCAAAGUAGGUCCCGGACAUAAGGCUCUUUGGGAGGAAACAAUGCCCAUCUGGUCGGCCCCUCUGCCCGCCGAGAAUGUCUUCCCCACAGAAGUGGCGCAUACGUCCACCACUAUUAGGAUUAGGUUCAGAAAGAACUACUUCUCCAAUAUGUAUGGCUCUGUCAACGCGUUUGCAGUGAUUAUAGCGGAGGACGACUCCAUUAGUACCAAUCAUUUAGACCUUCCCUCUUGGAAUGACGUCCAAGAGUUCUCUGUUUGGCCGCCAUAUCAGGCGUCCGAAGCAUUCUAUCCCUUCAACUCAACUAUUAUUGAAGACUAUACUAUCGGUUCAGAAGAUUGUUCAACAAGUAGUGGCCGAAAGUACUGCAACGGAGCCCUCAAACCCGGAACUACUUAUAAAAUUAAAAUCAGAGCCUUUACGGCCGCCGAAAAAUUUACAGAUACUGUCUAUUCAUACACUAUAUCUACAGAUCCCGACAAUACAGCUCUUUAUUUGGGAAUAUUUAUGCCUUUAGUUCUGUUGCUAUUAUUGGUUGUAAUCGUGAUAUAUCUGAAACACCGACGACUCGGACCUUUCAGUGCAACGAAAAAGACGAGUAAUAUUCAUAACAAUGGCAAAGAAGACAACCUCUCUAUUGCCGAAAGUGAACUCAUAACGAGUCGUCCCAUAAAACUAAAUAAUUUCUCCGAACACUUCCGCAUAAUGUCCGCCGAUUCGGACUUUAGGUUUUCGGAAGAGUUUGAACUUCUCAAACACGUCGGUCGCGAUAAGCCGUGUAAUGCGGCCGACCUUCCGGCCAAUCGGCCAAAGAAUCGGUUCACAAAUAUCCUUCCAUACGAUCACUCGAGAGUGAAACUCUUGCCGACCGACGACGAGGACGGCUCUGACUUUAUUAAUGCCAAUUACAUCCCGGGGUAUAACAGUCCGCGAGAAUUCAUCGUAACUCAGGGACCGCUUCACAGCACUAGAGAUGACUUUUGGCGUAUGGCUUGGGAACAGAACUCCAGAGCUAUUGUUAUGUUAACGCGAUGUAUAGAGAAGGGCAGAGAGAAGUGCGACCACUACUGGCCGUUCGAUACGCAACCGGUGUUUUACGGAGACAUUCAGGUGACCAUUCUUAACGAAUCUCAAUACCCCGACUGGACUAUCGCUGAAUUCAAAGUGAUGAGAGGUGAUCAGUCGAGAAUUGUCCGUCACUUUCAUUUCACAACGUGGCCUGACUUUGGAGUUCCAGAACCGCCUAAAACUUUAGUUAAAUUUGUCAGAGCUUUUAGAGAGCGGUGCUCUCCGGACAGUAAUAAACCAAUUAUAGUCCACUGUUCGGCAGGUGUGGGCCGUUCCGGAACUUUCAUCGCUUUGGACAGAAUUCUGCAACGGAUUAAUAAAUACGAAUCCGUAGACAUCUUUGGCAUUGUCUAUGAAAUGAGGAGAGAAAGGGUUUGGAUGGUUCAGAAUGAGGUCAGUACAGCUCUCUCUCUCUCUCUCUCUCUCUCUCUC